AUUAUUGAAAGUUAUAAUAUGAAAUCAGUAUCAAAUUGAAGCAAAUAUUUUUUUAUCUUUUCUGUCAAUAUUUUGCGAAAAGUGUUUUAUUCAUAGGAGUAAUUGUUUUCAGUGUUUCGUAAACGGUUAUUUUGAAUUUGAAGAAUGGAUUUCAUAACAUAUUUUAAAAAUUGGUUGGUAAUCAGUGCCGAGAAUUCACCCUAUAAUAUAUUGAAUAUGCUUAACAAUGAUUGUAUCGAGGAGGUUUUUCGGCGGGUAAAAAAUGUAACGGACUUUUUAAAUAUGGCACAGGUCUGCCAACGAUUUCAAAAUUGUGCCAAGAAUUGUUUUCGGACACAGAUUCGAUGCAUUAAAAUCAAUGGUAAAGAUAGCUCUGUGCCACUUGAACGAGUACAGGAAUUAUUUGAUCUCUUUGGUCCUUUAAUGCAAUCAAUUACAUUUGAGUCAACAUUUGAUGUGGAGCAAGAUGACUACAUAUUCGGUUUGAUUACAAAUGCAUGCGGUGAAACAUUGGCCGAGCUCAGUAUUAUCGACUACAAUCCAAACUUCGGCGAUCAGAUGCCAUUUAAAGAAUUAAAAACAUUGGAUAUGUGCCGUAUUUCGCCUCAAAACUUUCGACUGGUUACAACAUUAAAUACUCUACGCAUAAGAGAUUUAAGACGUUUUCAAGAUGGACGCAGUUUGGACGAUGCACUGUCGGAUUUGUUGUCGUCAAAUACUCAAUUGCAAGAAUUAGUAGUAAAUUGUUGUGGGUCACCAUCAAUUUUUCGUGUUAUUGCGAAAUGUGCACCAAAUUUAGUUAAUCUAACCGUGGAAACACCACAUUUUGACGCUUUUCCACAAAAGCAUGUUAAAGAAAAUCUUCUGCAUUUGGGUACAUUACGGCAAUUACGAAGUUUGAAAUUAGAUUUAUAUUGUUUCAUUUCGUUGGCAUCAAUUGUUAAUUUAUUUGCCAAAAAUGGCAUCGCAAUCGAAAAACUAUCAAUGAAAGUGUGCUCAGUUGGCCCAUUGAAAUAUCAUAAUGAACAAUGGUUAUCGUUAAAAGCACUCAAACAAUUGGACAUACUCACUUGGAGUGAUGAUGUUUGCAUCGAUGAACUGGUGAAUGUGAUGAAAAAACAAACAACACUCGAACGAAUGGAAAUUGUAAGUUUACGAGCAUUGAAUAUGUCGGGCAUUGAAAAUAUUUUGAAAUAUGGUAAAAAUCUAAAUCAACUCGUUGCAUCUAUAUCUGUGUUAAAUGUCGAUUUAAAGAGCUACGAAUCAGUUUUGAAUUUGGCUAGGAAUCGAGCUAAUGUUAAGAUUGGAUUUGGUUGCGGAAAAGUUUAUGUGCCAGACGAUAUUUUAGAAAAGAAUCGCAAUUGGUUAGAUAUUCAAAAAAAUACAAAACGGCCAUAGUUUAUCAUUAGUUAUUAGUUUGUAGAUUCAAGGGAAAAAUGUGGCAUUUAAAAUUUUACGAAAAAUGUCGCACAAUUUUGUAAAGGAGUCAUAUCAAAUCCACUUUCUAGGAAGGAAUACUAACUAUUAAAAU